UUAUUAUUAAAGGAACAGAUUUCAGAAAUAUAUAAAAGCGCGUUUUACUCUGUAUGAGAUCAGUUCUACAAAAAUUCUGAAGUAAUAAGGACCGCGAAAAAUUAAUAAAGUCAAAAUGAAUAGCAAAGAAGUCUGCCGGUUAUCAUGGUUUAUAGUCGAUACACAAUAUGAAAAAACGAAACCAAACAAUGAAAACAGAUAUUUUCUGAUACAUUCAGUCGAUCUCUACAAUUCAGAUGUCAGUUCCAUGUAUAUAAAUAGACUUGUUAAGUUUAAGUACAAUGGCAAAUCCAUGGAAGGAACACUUUUACUAGCUUCUGAUGAUUAUUGUUAUAUGCAAACUGAAUUGGAAGCUUUGAAAAAGAAUAUGACUAUAACAGAAUAUAAAAAGGAAUCAAUUAACAAUGUGUGUUAUCUAAUUCAAUACCAAAAGGAAGAUGCUGUCAAACAUAUAAUUGUACAACACAAAGAUUUGUUUUGGAAAUUAGACAAGAAUACAAAGGAAGAUAACAAUAUAUUGCAAUUUAUUACAAACAAUAAAAAAGAGCUGUCUGAUGAUUUGUUAUCCAUUAAUGCCACAACUUCUUUGGAUCUACGAGAAUUUGUUGAACCUUUUGUAACAGACGGCGAAAAAAAGCAACUAGUAAAAUUAAAAGACAAUUGCUUUAACUUGAUAUAUACCGAAAUAGUUUCGAAAAUUGAUCUAUCACGAGAUCCUUGGAUGCUCUUACAAUUUACUAAUGCUACAAGUGCUGUAUAUUAUAAAAUAAUGAAAUACAAUAAAACUGUUCGACAAGCUGAAAACUUAUAUAAAGACGUUGUAGCCUAUAUACAAAUGGAUGGCAUCGUAUAUCAAGGAAUAAUACUACUUAAAUCUUAUAAUUGUGAUAUAAUAAGAAAUGCUCUUCAGAUUCUGAGUGAGUACGCAUUGCCUGCCUCAUUCUCUGUUGACUAUGAUCUUAUAGAAGAGAUGAUCGUCGAAGAAACUGGACAGAGGAAUGAGUUGGAGAGUAAUGAUUUGCCCACUUCAAGCAUUUAUGCUACCAAUAGUGUGAGAAAAAUAAAGCAACCGCAAUAUAAAAUUAAACCGGCAUCUAAAGUUAUGAUGAACUGUAAUGAUUAA